AUGCCGUUUUCAAGAAAAGAAAUCGAUGAUACGCAGUCAGAGUGUUCAAACUCCAAUAGUGCGAGUGCACAAGUUAAGGUGGCCAAAAAACCCGCCACGCCAAUUACUACACAGAAAACCCUCUUAUCGUAUAUUCAAAAAGGUUUACCGACGCCAAGUCCUGGAGAAAGCCAUCGCGAAAAGUAUGAAGAGAAGUUUCGGGCACCGGUGACUCCAAAGACACCGAGUACGAACUCUAACUUGGAUAAAACAGAUGGUGAAGUAGAAAGAGAAAGCUCGGACCUAACCGAGGAGUUCGAAGAGCCAAACUUUGGAAGGAGAACCCUGAGGAGAAGGGUUAAACGCAGGAUUUAUGUUUCAUCAGAUGAAGAGGAAGAUGAUGCACCGACACUAAAGAAACCACGUAAAAAGCAAAAUAAUAACGAUGAUGGGGAGUUUGUUUAUGACGCCCAUAUGGGCGAGGAAAGCGACGAAGAUGCGAUGAGCGGUGUGGUUCAGAAUGAGAGUAAUUAUGAAGACGAAGAACAUAAGUCUGAAAGAUCUAAUCGAUCCAACAAACAAGUUUCGAAAGCCUCUGGGUCUUCGACCAGCGCGCAUAAUAAAUUAAAGGCGUUCGCUUCCAGUGCGACUUCACGUCGCGGAGCAUCAUUUUUGCCUUCGAUAAUUAUGACCGAUUUCGAGAAAAAAAAGCAACGUGCAGCGGAUUUCAAGGCAAAAAAUGAUGAGCGUUACCAAUGGUUACUUGAUGUCAAGGAUGCAGAUGGAAACCCUGAAGAGGAAAGAAAUUAUUUCCACGCUUUCGAAUAUUCACUGAAUUUGAUAAAUAGAUACAAAGUUGCGAGAGUAGAUCAGAUGGAAACGGCCAUAGGAAAGGAGAUGCGAGAGAAGUCUAAUAAGAAAAAGGAGGAUAAGGUCAUCCGACGUGAAUUAACUUCCAUUCUUACCGCCGGAACUAUUGUGGAUGGUGGACUAUUGACAAAUGAUAUGUCAACUUACUGCAUGUCAAUUAAGGAAGUAUGUCAAACUGACAGCAGUCCUCCAGCCUUUGGAAUCUGCUUUGUCGACACCGCGACCGCAGAAUUCCAUCUCACAUCAUUUGUUGAUGACAUAGAUCGGACCCAAUUUGAAACGUUGAUAAUGCAAGUUAAACCAAAAGAAAUAGUAUUCGAGAAGGGUAAGCUCAGCCCGCGAUCACAACGUAUACUGAAAGAUUGCACUCACCGUGCAAUUUGGACGGGUCUUAGACCGGAUGUAGAAUUUUGGGAUGCAAACACAACUUGUGAUGAAAUAAGAUUUUCCCGUUAUUUUUCAAAAAAUCUGAAGAAAGUUUUUACCCGAGACGAGGAUGAUGUUAUGGGAAACCGGGACGACGAUGAUGAUCUCGUAUCCCUGAAGAAUUUUUACAUCUAUGAUCCAAUUCGUCAUAGCACAUCACUAAUUCUUGACGGUCAGACGCUAGCAAAUCUCGAGGUAUUCGAGAAUAGCUUGGAUGGAAGCGACCAAGGAACAGUGUUUAAGCUAUUAAACCAUUGCAUAACUCCAUUUGGAAAACGCACUUUCAAACGAUGGUUAUGUCAUCCGCUCCGGAAUAUUGAUGCUAUCAAUGAACGCUUGGACGCUGUCGAAGAAUUGAAUGCGGCUCCCGCAUUUCGGGAAUCAUUCUGCACAAUAUUCUCUCAUUUCCCUGACCUCGAACGUUUGAUCAGCCGAAUCCACGCAAAGACUUGUAAAGUAAAAGAGUUUUUGCUCGUGUUGACGGCCUUCGAGAACUUAAUGAAAGGUGUUGCAAACCUCGGUGGCUAUACGAGUCAAUUUAGGUCGAGAAGGCUACUUAAGUUGUUUGAUUCCAUUCCCGAUUUGGCGCCCAUGCUUCAUUAUUUCAGGGGUGCUUUCAAACACGAAGAAGCGGAAAACGAAGGUCAUCUGAUUCCCCAUCCUGGAAUCGAGAAAGAUUACGAUGAAAUAAAGAAUAAUCUUCGCGCGAUUGAUAAGCAGCUUGCCGAUCACUUGGCCGAGGCCAACAGGAAGUUGAAGACGACAAAGAUUGUGUACAAAGAUGUCGGUAAAGAAAUAUAUCAACUCGAAGUACCCAACACAAUAAAAGUGCCCGACGAUUGGAGAAAAUUGUCCCGCACACAGAAAGUAAAUCGUUAUUGGAAUCCAACCCUUCAAAAACUCGUCAGAGAUUUGCAAGAAGCUCAAGAGGUGGAAUCGGGUAUUUUGAAAUCCAUCCAAGGGAGAUUUUACGAAAAGUUUGAUUCUCAUUAUCAUGAGUGGUUGCGAGCGGUUAAAUCCAUUGCAGAACUUGACUGUUUGUUGAGUCUGGCCAAAAGUUCCUCUGCAUUGGGUGAACCGUGCUGCCGACCUCAGUUCGUACAGGAGGGUCCUAGUGUAUUGGAAUUCGAAGAACUCAGGCAUCCUUGUAUCGUCUCUGGUGUGGCCAACGAUUUCAUUCCAAACGACACCUUCGUGGGUGGCAAUCAACCAAACAUCAUAUUAUUGACAGGACCUAAUAUGGGCGGGAAAUCCACACUCCUGAGACAGGUUUGGGACACAGAUUUUUCCAAAAAUUUCGGGAGAUGCCUUAUGACGCCAUUUGAUAGGAUCUACACGCGUAUCGGUGCGAACGAUAAUAUCUUGGCCGGUCAAAGCACGUUCAUGGUAGAAUUAAGCGAGACUUCAAAGAUCCUACACGAGGCUACUCCCAGAUCCAUGGUCAUUUUAGAUGAGCUAGGUCGUGGAACUUCGACUUUCGACGGAUACGCCAUCGCGUACUCCGUUUUGCAUUACUUGGCAACUCACAUUGGAUGCCUGGGUCUAUUUUCCACGCAUUACGUUAUGCUCACCCAAGAAUUUUCAAAGAAUCCUAACAUCGCGCUUAAGCAUAUGAGUUGUCAGGUUGAUCAAGACCGGAAGGAAGUGACCUUUUUAUACAAGCUGGUUCCCGGAGUUUGUCCAAAGUCAUAUGGAAUGAAUGUGGCCAAUAUGGCCGGAAUUCCCCGCCAAAUUGUCGACCGUGCGGAGGUGAUCGCGGCAAAAUUCGAACAAACCUCUCGACUGCAAGACACGUUGACCGCGAACAAGUCGGGUAUUCCGAUCACAACGUUAUGCGAUUUCGCUUAUCUCCUGAAGGCUGCGUCCAAGAACGUUGAUUUGUCCGAAGAUGUGGGUGACAGAGCUUUGGACAAUCAGUCUGAUCGUGAAAAGGCCGAAAGGCAUUCCCGGGUGUUGAAGGCCAUCAUUCGUGGAAUUAUGACAAUUUACAGGUGA